GUUUAUAAUACUACUAACAUAUGAUCACCAUAAACACCCAAAUAAAUGGCACAAGGGAUCGAUUCAUCAGCUCUUUAUCAACAAUACGAUCGCAUGAAAAUGCUCAAAGCUUUCGACGACACAAAAGCCGGCGUCAAAGGCCUCUGCGAUUCGGGUUUGUUCCAACUCCCACAAAUCUUCGUGAGGCCACCAGAGGAGCUGGCUGCGGAGCUGAAACACAAAAAGGGUCAAGUCCAAGUUCCAGUGAUCGAUCUGAGCGGCGUCGACGAUUGCGGCAGGCGAAAGCAGAUAGUUGAAAAAGUGAGAAGUGCUGCUGAAACAUGGGGGUUUUUCCAAGUGGUGAGCCACGGGAUUCCUCAAUCUGUUUGCGAUGGAAUGAUCGAUGGCGUGCGCUGUUUCCACGAGCAGGAUGUCGAUGAGAAGAAGAAGUAUUAUACUCGUGAUACAACCAAAAGUGUGAGAUAUCAAAGCAGUUAUGAUCUCUUCCUGUCCAAAACUGCUACCUGGAAAGAUACCUUGACCAUUUCGUGUGAUUCAAGCUUUGAUCGUGAUGAACUGCCCUCUGUUUGCAGAGAUUCGAUAGUGGAAUACUCGGAACAUGAGGAAAAUUUGGGGAAUAUUCUGCUGGGGCUGUUAUCUGAGGCACUGGGACUAAGCACUGAUUUUCUGGGAAAGAUGGAAUGUUCGAAGGGGCAUCGUCUCCAUUGCCACUACUAUCCGGCAUGCCCUGAGCCGGAACUUGCAAUCGGAACUGGCAAGCAUUCGGAUGCUGGAUUCCUCACAAUUCUUCUACAAAACCAACUUGUUUGCGGCCUCCAGGUUCUGUGUGGAGGCCAAUGGAUCGACAUUGAACCGGUAGAAGGAGCUUUAGUCGUCAACAUCGGUGAUCUUCUUCAGGUAAGUAAGGAAAUGCUUCAAACGACCUUUUUAUUGGGAAUUCAAAUUCAAAAUUUUAGUUAUUUCAUGUUGCUGAUGGAGCAGUUGGUGUCGAAUGGGAAAUUGAGAAGCAAUGAGCAUAGAGCAAUAGCAAAUCGGAUGGGACCAAGAAUUUCUGUGGCGUGUUUUUUCUCAGGGCCUAUAGAUGAGAGGGGCAAGAUCUAUGGGCCAAUUGAGGAGCUGAUAACAAAACAAAAUCCUGCAGUUUACAAAGGUGUUGCGAUGGGUGAUUAUGUAAUGAAUUUCCUGGCUACUGGAAUGGAGGAUUAUCGUGCCCUUGAUUAUUACAAGAUUCAGCCCUCAUUCGAAAUGUAUCCCUUGUAGUAGUAUUGAUUUCCAUCUUAGUUCUUCUGAAUUGUGUUCUGGAAUCUACCUAUUCUCCUGUUGACUGUUUUGUUAUUUCUAACAUUUUCUUUUUCA